AUGUAAACUUCAAAAUAACCAUAAUAUAAAGAAGAAGCGAUACCAUUAAUAAUAUAUAAUACAAGCGAUUAAUGUUAUUAAUUAAAUGAUGAAGCAAUAGAAUUCAUAUAAUAAGUACCAGGUCCUAUAGGUGUAAUAGGAGUAGCCGGAAUGUAUCGUACAGGAAAGUCUUAUUUAUUAAAUUAAAUGCUUUUGUAAAGAUCAGAUGGUUUCGGUGUUGGCCCAACAGUUAAUCCUUGUACAAAAGGAUUAUGGAUAUGGGGAACACCAUUAAUAUAUCAAAAUGAAGAAGGAGAAAAUAUAUAUAUAUUAAUAAUAGAUUCGGAAGGAAUAGGAGCUUUAGACGAAGACUCUACUCAUGAUUCUAGAAUAUUUGCACUAACUAUAUUAUUAAGUUCAUGUUUUAUAUACAAUUCUAUAGGCUCAAUUGAUGAAAAUGCAAUUCAGAAUUUAUCCUUAAUAGUAAAUUUGACAAAAAAUAUACAUAUAAAAAGUGGGUAAAAUGAUGAAGUAGACUUCGAAGAUUAUUCUUAAUAUUUACCAUGUUUUUUUUGGGUAGUAAGGGAUUUUUCAUUACAAUUAAUAAAUACAGAAGGAGAAAAGAUUACAUCAUAAGAAUAUUUAGAAUUAGCUCUUUAACAUUAGAAAGGAUUUUCUGAUAAUAUAGAAUAAAAAAAUCGUAUAAGGAGACUCUUAUCAACUUUUUUUAAAAAAAGAUUCUGUUAAACCUUAGUAAGGCCAUUAACUAAUGAAGAAAAUCUUUAAAAUUUAGAUAAAUUAUCAUUUAAUGACCUUAGAAUUGAAUUUUACGAAUAAAUUUUGAAUUUAAGAGAACAAAUAAUGACAGAAAUGAAAGCAAAAACAUUAAAAGGGAAAACUUUAAAUGGAGAAAUGUACACUGUAUUAAUUAAAAGUUACGUAAAUGCAAUUAAUAAUGGAGCUAUCCCUAAUGUAGAAAAUGCCUGGAUUUAUAUAUGCUAAAAUGAAUGUUAUAAGGGAUAAAUUAAGGCUUUUCAAGUCUAUGAGUAAUUCAUUUAGGAAGAAAUUAUGUUGCCUUUAAAUUUUUAGGAUUUAAAGUUUUUACUUAAAAAAGCAAAAGGAAAGGCCUUAGAAGAAUUCAAAAAAAUAGCUGUUGGUGAUAAGGAUUUAUAGAAAAAAUUCAAAAAUGAGGUCAUUAAAAGAGUUAAAGGAAAAUAGAUAACUCUAGAAGCAGAAAAUGAAAAGAUUGGUCAGAAAAAUUGCAAUUAGUUUAUCUUUAAUGAGUUCUAGAGUAUUGAAAGGAAAAUGAAAAUGAAUGAGUAUUAAUAUUUUGGGGAGUUUUAAAAUGAUUUAGGACUUUUUUUAUAGUAUUUAGUAGAUAAUGCACCUAAAUGUGCCAAUUAUAUGUAUAUUAUUUAUGAGUUUUUAAAUAAAGCAGCUAAUGAAGGUGCUAUUUAUUUCAUUAAACAUAAUAAUCAUGAAAAUUAAAUAUAAUUGUUAUUGAAAAAUGAAAUAUAGAAAAAAUAAGAAAUGGAAAUAACUGAAUUAAAAUAUAAACUUAAUUUAGAAAGUUCAACAUAUUAGUAAUAAAUAAAUAUAUUAGAAUAAGACAAGAUUAAUUUAUAGACUAAAGAAUAAAUAUAUAGAGAUGAAAUAAAUUAAUUGAAAAUAGAAAAAGAAUAAUUUGAUUAGGAAUUAAAUGAAAAUAUUAAAAAAUAAAUAUAAGAAUUCUAAAAGAUAAUAAAUGAAUAGAAAUAAAAAAUUAUAAUAUUACAAGAAGAAUUAAAUGAAUCUGAAAGGACUAAAAAGUUAACACAAUCUGAGUAUGAAAAAGAUAAGGCCUUAUUAAAUUAAAAAUUAACCUAUUAUGAAAAAUAAAUAGAAGAAAUGAAUAAAAAAGAAAAAGAAUAAUAAAAUAAUUUUAAAAAUAUAAUAAAAGAUUCUAAUUAAUAAAUUAAAGAUUUAAAUUAAAAAUAUGAACAUUAAAUUAAAAACUUAAAUAUAAAAUUGUAUGAGUAAUAAGAAAAAAUAUCAGAAUAGGAUGCCGAAAUAAACUAAAAAUAAUUAAGAUAUGAACAAGAAAAAAAAAAAUUUGAAAUUAAUGAGAAUAAUCUUACUUAAUUAUUGGAAGAAUCAAAUACAUCUAUACAUUAAUUAUAAUUUUAAAUAAGAGAAAUGAGAAAAUACGAUGAAUAAUAAUAAUAGUAUAUUUAAAAUGAUAUAAAUAAAAAUAACUUUGAACUUUAAGAAAAAGUAAUUUAUUUUGAAGAACUUAUUAAAGAAAAAGAAGAGACAUUAAUAAAUUUUAAAAAUAAUUUCUAAAAAGAAAAAGCUCUAUAUUAAUAAAAAUAUGAAUUCUUAUAAAUGCAAUUUGAAGAAACUAAAUAAUAAUUAGAAGAAAAUAAAAAAGCACAUGAGUCAAUAAUGAAAGCUUUAGAAUCUUCCAGUUUAGAUUGCUAAGGUAAAUUUGAUAAUAAGUAAUUAUAAGAAUUAAAAGAAAACCAUAAUAAAGAAAUAAAAGCUUUAGAAAACGAUUUCGAAAAAGCUAGAAAACGAUAUAUUUAAUAAAUUGAAUAAUUAAAUGAAAAAAAUAAUGACUUAGAAAUAAAGUUAAAAUUUGAAAGUGCUGAUCUUUAAAAAGUACUUGAAUAAUUAAAGGAUAAAAAUUUAUAGUCAUAAAAUUAAAUAGAAAAACUAUAAUAAAGAAAUUAAAUAUUAGAAAACGAAAGAAAUACAAUAAUAAAAGAAAACGAAGAGAAAUAUUUUUCUAAAAUAAGAUAAUUAGAAGAUGAAACUGAGGAAAUAAAAUUAAAUGCUGUUAAAGAAAUUCGAGAAUCAUAAUAAAAAUCAGAAGAAAACUUACUUUAAUUAAAAAAUAUAUACAAUUUAGAAAGAGAAACAUUAGAAAAAAGAAUACAAGAAGAAAAAGAAAAAUAAGAUAAAAAGCAUUAAUAAGCAUAUGAUGAAUAUUAAGAAUAAAUAAGAGAAUAUUAAUCUAACUAUGAAGAAGAAAUAGAAAACCUUAAAUAAGAUUUAAGUCAAUAAGAAUAAUAAUACCAUGAUUUAGUUUAAUAAUAUGAACACGAAUUAGCUUUAAAAUAAUAGUCAAUAGAAACUUUAGAAAAAUACAUAAAAGAAACAAAAGAAAGUCUUAUUAGUAUUUAAUAAAAUAAUAAUAGUACACUUGAAUAAUAUGUAAAUAACUUCAACAAAGAGAGGAAAAAUUUAAUGUAAAAAAAUGAUAAUAUAAGCCAAUAAUUGUAAAAUAAAGAAAAAGAAUUUAUUUCUGUUUAAUAAAAAAAAGAAAAUAUUGAAUUAUAAUUAAAAAAAAAAGAAUAAAGUGUAAUUUAAUUAAAAUAGGAAAUUUCUAAUUAAAGAAAUUAGCUCUAAAAUUAAUUAGAAGAAUUAAAACAUAAAUAUGAUUAAUAAAAUGAAGAAUUUGUAUCUUAAAAAAUUGAAUUUUCGAAAGAAAUUGCUUUAUCUAAUUAAAGAAACGAUUUUUUAACCAAAAAAAAUGAAGAUUUAUUAAGAUAAAAUUAAAUAAUUACAGUUAAUUAUGAAGAAAAAUUAAAACUUUUAAAAAGCGAAAUGAAUUAAGAACUAAAUGAUAAAACAUUUUCAUUAUAAUAAUAGAAAAACUAAAUGGAAGAAAAAUACGAAAAAGUUAGAAAAACCUUAAAAGAAAUCGAAGGAACAUAUAAUAAACAACUUUCUUAAAUGGAGAAAGAGAAGUUAAUAUAUUAAGAAAAAUUGGCAAUAUUAGAAUAGAAAAAAUCUGAAUAAGACCUAAAAUAAUAAUCAGGAAAUUAAAAUUAUGCAAUGCAAAUGUUUUAAUUAAAAGAAUAACUAUCCAUAGAAAAAAAAUAAUUACAAAUUGAGGCUGAUAAAUAUAAAUAAAUUAAUCUAUAAUUGGAAUAAGAUAAAAAUGAAAUAAUAACUAAUUAUGAAAGAGAUAAGGCUUUAUGGGAAGGAAAAUUUACUUUUUUAGAAUAAUAAAAAGAAUAAGCUAAAUAAGAUUUAGUUGAUGCUCUUAAAAAAUUUGAAAUGACUUUAAUUCAUUUAUAAAAAGCAAGGAAUAAUGAAAAAGAUGAAAAUUCUAAUAAUUUGAAUGAAUUACUAGUUUCUAUUGAAAAAAAAUACUAAAAUUAAAUUAAUGAUUAAAAUGAUAACCAUUUAAUUAUUGUUUAAGAUUAUGAAGACAAAAUAAGGAAAUUAAAUAAAGAAUUAAAAUAAUUAAAAGAAAGUUAAAUGUUUGAAAAACAUGGAAAAUUAGGAAAUUAAUUAAUGAUUGAAAAAAAAAUGUAAGAAUAUAUAGAAAAUGAAAAAAGGCUUUUAUAAGAAAUCGAAUAAUUAAAAACAGAAAAAGAAUAAAAAGUAAAUUUUGAAUAUUAAAAACAAUUAGAUUAUGAAAAAGAUAACUUUAAAUAAAAAAUUAAUGAAAUUAAAUAAAAAUAUAAAGAAUCUGAACAAAAAAGAAGUAAUUUAAUAUUCGAACAUGAAAAAGAAAGAGCGAAAUGGAAUUUAGAUAGAGAUCAUUUAUUAAUUUAAAAAAAUGAAUGUCAAGAAUAAAUUGAAAAAUUAGAAAAAAAAAGAGAUAUAGUACUAAGGGAAAACGAAAAACUAAAAAAUGAAUCACGAUUAUCAAGAAAAUCUGUAAAUGUAAAUGGAAAUUUAAAUUAAAAUAAUCAAAUUUUAAGUACAAGCAAAAAUAAUAAUUUAAAAAGAAUAGGAACAAAUACUUCUUAAUUAAGUCCGAUUUCUGGAAAUUCAAUAUAAAGUAAAAAUCAGGUUUUGUAAGAAAAUAGUCUAUUUAUUAAUGCUUAAAGUGGAUUUUAGUAAUAAGAUAAUGAUUAUAAUUAUGAUAAUUUAAAAUAAUAAUAGUAAUAAUAAAUGAGUUAAAAUAUAUAUGACAUUUAAGAUAAUGAGUUUUAUGAAUAAUAAUAAUAAAUGUAUUUAUAGAAAUAGAGUAAAACAAUGCUCAAAUAAUAAUAAAUAUAAUAAUAAUAAUAAUAAUAAUAAUAAUUUGAAUAAGUAAAUAAAAGUUAAUUUUUGAAUAAUUCCCAUAAACUUUUUGAUGAAUCUUAGUUUUCGGUCAAUAAUACACUUUCUAUAGAAAGAUUUAAAUAUUUUUAAAAUUGA